AUGGCCAGUGCGAAGUCGGAAGCAGACCAGCAGGAGCUGAGUAUGGGGCAUUUUGGGGUGCCAGAAUUUGGCUGGAGAGUACCGCUCGACCACGAGUUUCCGGAGAAGUGGCAAACACUGAAGCGUCUGAGAUUCCUUCAUAUAGUGAAGCUCAUUCCCACAAUAUACAGAUAUGUGAAAUUUACGAAGCGAAUGAGAGCUCUCGGUCGAAGACCUUUCAUCGAUGUCAUACCCAUCCCAUUCAAACCGAUAUAUGGGGUGCCCAUUGGUGGGAUAGGAUGUGGGGCCAUCAACAGAGGCUGGAAGGGUGAAUUCUGCCGAUGGUCCCUCACGCCGGGGAUAUACACCUAUGACAUAGUGGAAGCGAACCAGUUCACCGUCAGAAUCCAGCGGCCUGGUAAGCCAGUGUACCAGCAGGUCUUGUACCCCGGCCAGGUCUCCAGCAGGCACCUGGCCCAGGCAUGGCAGUGGCAGUUCCCUGGCGACCAGGCACACUACCACGGCCUGUAUCCCCGGGCAUGGACAGUAUACAGGAUACCAGACCAAGAUGUCACCUUGGUGUGUCGUCAAGUCUCGCCAAUAUUCCCACAUGAUUAUAAAGAUACUUGUCUACCAGUGGGCGUGUUCGUCUGGGAGGUCCACAACCACGCCCAGACCCCAGUCGACGUCAGUAUUAUGUUCACGUGGCAAAACGGGAUCGGUGCGGACAGCGACAAAAACGGCGGCCGAUGGAACGAGGCGUUCUGCAACGAGGGAACGGAAGGUUCCACUGAGGACUCAGUGAUAGGGGUGUUGCUUCAUGACGAGGCGCCCUCCAUGGGAUGCACCAUGGCCAUCUCUGCAGCUAGUCAGGAAGGAGUUAAGGUCACGUACUGCACAGUGUUCGAUCCCAACACCAAUGCUGAUGCAUUAUGGGAAGAUUUGUUGCUGGACGGACAACUCAACUCCUCAACAGUGCCAGCUUUCAAGACAGAUCAGGAUGAGUUGACUGCAGCGGCGGUCUGCGCAUCGUGUCACGUUGAAGAGAAGAGUCGGGGCAAGAUGGAGUUUGUCCUAGCUUGGGACAUGCCUAGAGUUCACUUCAAGAGCAAAGGCCAUUCCUACUUAAGGCGAUACACGCGCUGGUUUGGUCACAACGGCAAGGCGGCAACCAGACUAUGCAGCCACGCUCUACACAGCUAUCCCCAGUGGGAGGAGGCCAUAGAGUCCUGGCAAAGACCAAUCCUGGAUGAAGAUACCUACCCAGCCUGGUACAAGUCUGCCUUGUUCAAUGAGCUGUACUUCAUGUCGGACGGUGGCACCGUCUGGCUUGAGCUACAAGAAGACCAAAGUAACGGCGGCACGACCUGCAGCAAUGGCGUGCAGGACCGUCCGUGUAAGAUGACCGAACUCAGGAAGGAUAUGGGGCUGUUUGCGUACCUUGAAGGUCAUGAGUACAGGAUGUUCAACACGUAUGAUGUUCAUUUCUACGCCUCAUUUGCCCUGGCAAUGUUGUGGCCAAGAAUUGAGAUCAGUCUGCAAGAUUUUAUAGGGAGUUGUGUGAAUGUGAUCGAUGAUGAAUCCUAUUACCAGAUAGCCAAUGGUAGACUGGCCACGAGGAAACAGGCUGACUGUAUACCACAUGACAUAGGAGAUCCUGAAGAGGAACCGUGGAAGCGAAUCAACGGUUACUACCAGCACGACACCUGCAAAUGGAAAGACCUGAACCUCAAGUUUGUCCUGAUGAUCUAUCGGGACUUCUAUCAAAUCCAGGACCUGGUGUUCCUCAGGGAGAUGUACCCAAAGUGCAAGUCCGUCAUGGAAACGUCCAAGCUACAGGACACAGAUGACGACGGUUUGAUAGACAACUCAGGCUCGGCUGAUCAGACGUAUGAUGCGUGGGUGAUGACCGGAGCAAGUGCAUACUGUGGAGGUCUUUGGCUGGCUGCCUUGCGUUGUAUGGUUGAGAUGGCACACAUCCUUGGCAAUGAGGUAGACGCCGCGGACUAUUCAGAAAUACUUGACAAGGGCAGAGUAUCCUAUGAAUCCAAACUCUGGAAUGGCAAGUAUUACAACUAUGACAGCAGCAACACGUCGCCCAGUAAGACCUGUAUGGCCGACCAGACAGCGGGUCAGUGGUACCUACGAGCUUGCAAUCUAACCACAGACCGUUCAGGAGCCGACGUCUUCCCCACGGAUCACGUCCACAGUGCGCUAGCGACCAUCUACAAGAUGAACGUCCUGCCGUUCAGGGAGGGGCGGUUCGGGGCCAUGAACGGGGUCAAACCAAACGGGAAGGUUGAUUCCUGUAGCAUGCAGUGUGAGGAGGUGUGGACUGGGGUGACAUAUGGCCUGGCAGCUAGCAUGAUACAAGAGGGACUAGUCAAGGAGGGUUUCCAGACAGCUAGCGGUAUCUAUCACACCUGUUACGAGCGGGCUGGCCUGGGUUUCCAGACACCAGAAGCCAUCUUGCUAAGACAAGUCCACCGAUCCACGGGCUACAUGCGCCCGCUAGCAAUCUGGGCCAUGCAGUGGGCCCUGGAGAACCGCCACAAGGGGGCAGCAUCCGAGGACUCGGUGAAAACCACCAGCGAGAGCAACGGGAAUAUAUGAUUGUUCAAUCUGUAGACUUAAAAGCUUUUUGUGUGAUAAAAGUUUUUGCCAUGAGUAAGAACAUGCAUGUAUCAGUGUAUCGCAUUCUCGAUAUUAAAGAUGUGUACACAAUAUGUAUGUUUGUUUUGAAUGCAGCAAGCUGUAAUGCUUUGGCAGUUCGAAAACUUCAAUCAGGGUAUGUAAAUUAUAGAUAAGAUGCUCUUGACCAAAGUUGAAUAGAAAUAAUUAAACUAUGACUUUUUUUGCAUGUCUAAAUCAUGUCAAGCUUUACAGUAUUUGUUGUCCAUAAUCUUGCUGAGCUAAGGCGGCAUACAAAUAAAAUGACAAGUUUAAUUUAUCAAUCUGAUCAAAAAAUUGCCAAAAUCAAACUGCUUUUCAAGUCCAGCAAAGGGAACUGCUUGAAAUGGGAUAUGCACCUGUGACCUAUGGAUGUGCACCUAUGGCCUUCGGAUGUGCACCUAUGACCUAUGGAUGUGCACCUAUGGCCUUCGGAUGUGCACCUAUGACCUAUGGAUGUGCACCUAUGGUCUUCAGAUGUGUACCUAUGGCCUAUGGAUGUGCACCUAUGGCCUAUGGAUGUGCACCUAUGACCUACGGAUGUGCACCUAUGACCUACGGAUGUGCACCUAUGACCAACAGAUGUGUACCUAUGGCCUACUGAUGUGCACCUAUGACCUAUGGAUGUGCACCUAUGGUCUUCAGAUGUGUACCUAUGGCCUACAGAUGUGCACCUAUAACCUAUGGAUGUGCACCUAUGGUCUUCAGAUGUGUACCUAUGGCCUUCAGAUGUGCACCUGUGACCUACGGAUGUGCACCUAUGACCUACGGAACACCAUACUGGUGCUGUACCAUUUGAGCCAUCCCUCCCCAUGUAAGCAGCUUGCAUUGAAACUCAUACAUGCUGUGUAAGUAGGGAUCGUGCCCACAGUCACUAUGCAACAUUAGUCAGUUUCCUCCUGUGGUUAGAGACCUUGUGCAAAUCACAUUGUAUGUUCAUAGGUAUGUACACGUCACUGUCUGGGAUUUCUGUGCCACACGAAUAACAUUUUGUUCAUGUGUAACAUUAGGUCUAGGGACUAGGUAGGAAUCUCAGAAUGUCGGCUGAAAAGAUGUUGCUCAAUCAAUUUUGCAUAAUCAAUACACGCAAUGCUAUAUGGUCUAAAUAGUGCAAAGAUCGUAUAGUGCCGACCGCUGCGCGUCUUAACGUGCGUGUGGCAUGCAAUAGAUCAAAAAGGGUUAAGACGAAAAUGCACGGUGAAUGGAACCAAAAAUGCAUGGUUGUGACGUAUGACGAAUGUCACAUGACCUACGAUUCUCCAAUCAAAUGACAAGGAUUUACUUGGGUGUUAUGUACAAAUAAUGAAUGUUUAUGAGUGCAACGGUAAGGAGAAAUUCAUGUGGUGACAGAUGGAAUAUUUGGUUUCACGAGGCGAAACCGAGUGGAAUGGAACAUUCCAUCUGUCGCCGAAUGAAAUUAUUCUUUCCAUUGUACGAAUGUGAAACAUUCAUUAUUUGUUUUAUACAACGCCUGAAUAAAUCCUCGUCAUCUGAUUGAUCAGAGCCUACAAUUGUGUGACCGUGCAAUGAACUUGUUUUUACCUUUGGAUAGAACUUCUAUUUUUGCAUUGCGGCUGGGUCGAGGGUUGGGAUGAAUAAUGCAAUGACAUGUGAUCAAUGACCUACCAAUCAGGUGACGGGGAUUUAUUCAGGGGUUGUAUAAAACUAUUUAAAGGCUCAAAUUAGGUUUUGCCCUUCUAUUUAAAGACUGAAAACAGUCACAGGUGUUAAUCAUGGUACCGUGAUGUCAAGUCUUUCUGCAAAAUCAAAAAGUAAAUAAUGCUAUUUUUAAGCUAAGAGUAACAAAAACAUAUUUUUAAUUCCUUGUUGACUUGCCUCUUCCGUACCUCCAUAUACAUAUAUUCCCACCUGACAUGACAUCCAUGUAUUGAUGUAACAAACGUAUCUGCUUCCACAACAAUCAUGGAAUUGCAAUUCUGUAAAUUAACAAGUAUUUAUAACUAUGGUAGUUUAGUGAGAAAAAAAGUUUUUAAUGGCAUGGAAGAAAAACGAGGCUACUUAUUAAGUGUGCUAAUGUGUGGAAGAAGAGUAAAGAGCUUAUUUCUAAAUGUGAUAUAUCCUUUCAUACUGCAAUGG